AUGCAUAGCGCUUACAGCCAAACCGCAUCAGUGAAAUUGGCCAAAGGUGUAUCACCAGUGACAUCAUUAAGAGAAAAAGAAUUACAACAAAAUCAAAUCAAAAUUUUAGAUUCAAAUGCUUCUCCAAUUGAAACUGAUUCUGAAGUUCUUGUUAAAGAAAUUGAUGAUAUUGAUGAAGAUAAUACUUUUAUUACUUUUGAACAUUAG